UGGAAUUUAUGUCUGGCAGCUGCUCACAAACAGGAUAUUAUUAGAAUCCAGUCUGUGUUUUUGACUUUCUGAACUUCAAGCGUUAACAAACAAGUUGUAGCAGUGGAUUUAUUGCUUUACUUUCCCACCUCCCUUUCUUACAAAACAACAGUGUAAGGGUUAAAGUAGCAGCCAAAGUCCUGUACAAAUGACUGACGUAAUAAUGAGAUUUGCACACCAGCCUUCAGUGCCUGUUAAAUUCAAAGCAGGUUUUGAAAAGCAAACAUGGCAUCUUCCAUGAGGAGCUUGUUUUCUGACCACAACAGAUACGUUGAAUCUUUUCGGAGGUUUCUCAACAGUUCCACGGAACACCAGUGCAUGCAGGAAUUCAUGGACAAGAAGCUGCCAGGAAUAAUAGCAAGGAUUGGUGAUAGAAAAUCUGAAAUUAAGAUUCUAAGCAUUGGCGGAGGUGCAGGUGAAAUUGAUCUUCAAAUUCUUUCCAAAGUGCAGAUUCAACAUCCAGGAAUUCAUAUCAACAAUGAAGUUGUUGAGCCAAGUGCUGAGCAAAUUGCCAAGUACAAAGAGCUUGUAGCCAAGACAUCAAACCUCGAGAACAUAAAGUUUGCUUGGCAUAAGGAGACAUCAUCUGAAUAUCAAAAUAGAAUCAUGGAGAAAAAAGAAUUUCAGAAGUGGGACUUUAUUCAUAUGAUUCAGAUGCUGUAUUAUGUAAAAGAUAUCCCGGCUACCCUGAAAUUCUUCCACAGUCUCUUAGCUACCAAUGCUAAGAUGCUGAUUAUUCUUGUGUCAGGAAUCAGUGGCUGGAACAAGCUGUGGAAAAAGUAUGGAUCCCGCUUACCUCAGGAUGACCUCUGUCAGUAUGUCACAUCGUCUGACCUCACUCAGAUGCUGGAUAAACUGGGGAUUAAGUAUGAGUGUUAUGACCUUCUGUCCACCAUGGACAUAUCUGAUUGUUUUAUUGAUGGCAAUGAAAAUGGAGAACUGCUUUGUGAUUUUUUGACAGAAACCUGCAACUUUAAUACAACAGCACCACCUGAUCUCAAAGCAGAAAUUAUGAAAGAUCUGCAAGAGUCUGAGUUCAGUGUAAAGAAGGAGGGAAAAGUUCUUUUUAAUAAUAGUCUGAGUUUCAUAGUGGUUGAGGCAUAAAUAUUAAUCAUGAAGAUGUAUUCAAAAAAUUAUAUUUUGGGGGCACCUGGGUGGCUCAGUGGAUUAAAGCCUCUGCCUAAGACUCAAGUCAUGAU